AUGGAUUCGGAAGACGGAGAUCUGUUUAUAAAACACCUUGCUGGCUUCGUGCGAACGCACGAAAAGGCCCUUGCAAAUGCUCUGCAACUGCAGCGCCGUGACACACGACAUCGACCGACCCAGAGUACGAGCUCCGUGAGCCUGCCCAGAACACCAACUCUUCCCGACCGACCCGCCACAUCGGCAUCAACCUCGAGCUCCUUGGGGAGCGCCUUUUCCUUCGGGGGUCUCGGCCUCAGUUCGAACAAUGUCAAGUCAGCAAAGCUGGCCUUGACACCACACCACCUGUUUUACCUGCUCUCACGAUUCGAAGAGCUCGGUAUUGCCGUGGGGCCCAUGAAAGUUCGGCUAGAAAACCUUCACGAUAGUUCCACCUCUGCCAACUAUGUGUCAUUUCUUAGCAAUACCCAGCGUUCCAGGAGUCGUGACUCCGAUGUGGGCUCCAUCCGCUCCGUCUCUAGUGUCGGCGGCGUCAUGUCAAGCAUGUCAGCAUUAUGGGCGAGCCUAGGCAUCAGCGCCAGUAUAUCAGCGGCCAGGACGGAACGACAGAAGGCAGCGCUCGACUCGGACAUGAAAUACCUGUACUCAGCUUUCACGAAGAUUCCCUGCCUCCGCCUGGCCCCCGACUGGCGUGCCCGACUCAUUCGCGGGUACGAGGAGUUCCCAUUCGAUUCUGCUGUUCCUCUGUACGCUUUCAAAAACUUGCAGUCUUUGGAAGUCAGCAGCAUCGAUUUCAGGCAAUUCUUUGGGUGGGACCGCCUCGCUGACCAGUUGCGCUCUCUUUCCCUCAAACGAGCUGGCAUCGAAGAUCCGGCCGAUAUCCUCAUCGACAUCGUGCUGGAUGACAUGGAUCAGAGACGCCGAAGGUCGUCCAAGACUCAGGCAUCACCUACCGCUACUCUGGGUUACAGCAACAGUCCCCGUCGAGGUUCAACCACCAUGCACCAUGAGCUCCAACGCUCAAUGACCGUUCCUUUGCCGUCUGCCUUGCCUCCCCCCUCCCCUUCUAAUGAUCCUAGGCACUCUGCCGGGGACCUCCGCGUAGGUUCUCUGACGCCUAGCGAACAUGCGAUUGAGGACAGCAGUGCAUCAGAUAGCGCCAAAACGCCAUCGAGAAACGAGAACCGCAAGUACCAAAAGCCUUUGACCCACGAUGGUAGACCAAGGAGUAGCUCGCCCUCCCGCAUGGGAGGUGCUCGCCAUCCACCCAGCCACACCAGGUCGUCGGAGCGCAUCCGCCGAUCUGGCUCAGGGAGCUCCUACUCCAGUCUCGCGGACUCUUGGCCAUUGCACUCUCGCAACAGCUCUGGAAAUCUCAUGGCAACGAUGACUCUGCCCUCUUCGAAGUGGCGCUUUUUGAGACAUCUGAGUUUGGCAGACAAUUCCAUGACCUCGAUACCACCUGCUGGCUUACAACCCCUAUCCAACACGCUCUACUCUUUGGACUUGUCUUCCAACUUGUUCAGCCAGGUACCGGAAAGCCUAGCAACGCUGACGGCUCUCCGCGCCCUGAACCUGUCACAUUGCAUGAUUGAUUCCCUCCACUCGCUGACUCGGAACCCACUGCCUGCUAUUACAGCCCUCAAUCUUCGAGCUAAUCGGCUGCAGUCCCUGGCAGGCAUUGAAAAGCUAUACCCCCUCGAAAGGCUAGACUUGCGAGACAACCGUCUGACAGACCCAAUGGAACUGGCACGGUUGACGGGUAUUCCAGAUCUGCGGGAAAUUUGGGUUGAAGGCAACAACUUCACCCGAUCCCAUCGUGACUAUAGGAUUUCAAUCUUCAACCUGUUUCGUAAAACCCCCGGGUACACCGAGGACAUUUUGAUCGAUGGCACUGGUCCCAGCUAUGCCGAGAAACGCCUCCUUGUUGAUCGCGUUCCCAUUCCGGAGCCCAUCUCCGUCGUGAAACCAAAGGCUCCUGAGAUGGCUUCGGUCGAGGUAAACAAGCCUGCGAUUGUAUACGGUACACAGAAAGAGAAUUCUGCUCGCAAUGACGGUCCAAUCUCCAAGGUUAUUGUAGGCGAGAGCGCCACUGGCGCGACGAAACGCCGCAAAACCCCCAAGCGUCGAAUCGUCGAUUUGUCCUCGGGCGAGACCCCCCCUUCGCCCACUGCCAUCGACAUUCACAAGAAUACCACCCCAACCGAACGCACGGUUCCUCUCAAAACCGAGCGCCUUGCACCUCUCAGAACGUCAACGGAACCAAAUUACCUCAUUUCCCUGACGCCACAUACCCAACUCCUCUCACCCUCCGAAUUCCAAGAUAGCCAUGGAAGCUCGGUAGUUUCUCAAGCGGCCAUACCGCGCAUCGAUACUGAUGUAGUCGGUGAUGUGGAUGCGACGCCACCGCCCAUUGCAGAAGACUCUGAUCCAACCUGGAAUAAGACCCAAGACUGGGGAAAGGAUGGCGAGACCUAUCGCUUGAAAAUUCAGGCCUUGCGGGACAAGGUCGGGACCGAUUACUUGAGUGUCCUGAGUGAGGAGAGUUGGCAACCAAGACACCCAACCAGCUUUAUUUCAAACUCAGGUCCUUCUUCCUCAGCAAUCUCUCCAGUACAUAUCCCUGAUCAUGCUUUCUCGCCUUCCCCUCUACAUGAGGGACGCACCCUGGGCCAGCCACUGAGCUCGUGA